AUGCCCACCAACGGAAUGAACAGAGCCCUGAAGCUUCAGUUCGGCUUGAUCAACUACGAAAACCGCUACCUGACGGCGGAGGCCUUCGGCUUCAAGGUGAACGCCUCGGGCACUAGCAUGAAGAAGAAACAGAUCUGGACCUUGGAGCAGGACGAGCACGACGGCCAGGUGGUCUUCCUCCGCAGCCACUUGGGACGUUACCUGGCAUCCGACAAAGACGGCAAGAUCACGUGCGGGGCGGAAAGCCCCGAGCCGGAGUGCCGUUUCCUAAUCGUGCCCCAGUCCGACGGUCGCUGGGCGCUGCAGUCGGAGCCUUACCUGCGUUACUUCGGCGGCUCGGCCGACUACCUGUCCUGCUUCGCCCAGGCCAUCGCCGAGCAAGAGCUGUGGGCCGUCCAUUUGGCUCUGCACCCGCAGGCCAGUCUGCUGAGCGUGGCGCGCAAACGCUACGCCCACCUGUCCGCUUCCGACGGAGAGAUCUCCGUGGACAGCAACAUCCCCUGGGGGGUGGACUCCUUGGUCACCCUGAUGUACCGGGACGGCAAGUACAGCCUGAAAACCUGCGACGGCCGUUUCCUCAGCAACGACGGCAAACUGGUCAAGGAGAACGCCGAUAGCGCCAGUUUUACGCUGGAGUUGAAAUCCGGAAAACUGGCUUUCAAGGACUGCGACGGCAAAUAUCUAACCCCGGUGGGUCCCACCGGAACACUGCGAUCCGGCCGCUGCUCCAAGCCGGGGAAAGAUGAGCUCUUUGACCUUGAGGAAAGUCACCCGCAAGUCAUUUUUCAAGCUGCCAAUAAAAGAUUUGUCUCGGUCAAGCAAGGUGUAAGCAUUUCAGCCAAUCAGGAUGUGGAGACUGAUAUGGAGACUUUUCAGAUGGAAAUUGAUAAGAAGAGCAAAAAGUCCAUGUUCAGGACUAACGGGGGGUCUUAUUGGACUCUAGUAACCCACGGAGAGAUCCAGUCCACUGCGUCGGAAGCAGAGAUAAAUACAAUGUUUGACAUCGAAUGGCGAGGGCAAAGAGUGGCGCUGAAGGCUAGCAACGGAAAGUACGUCUGCACAAAAAAGAACGGGCAGCUCUCAGCGGUGAGCGAUGCUGUAGGGGAAGAUGAGUUAUUUCUGAUGAAGCUCAUCAACCGACCCAUGCUCAUCCUCCGUGGAGAAAACGGCUUCGUGUGUCACCACAAGAACUCCAACACCCUCAACGCCAACCGAUCCGUCUACGACAUUUUCUCACUGAUAUUCAACGAUGGAGCCUACAAUAUUCAAAGUGUGAAUGGAAAGUUCUGGUACGUCUCCAGCAGCGGCCUGGUGUGCUCAGAUGGCGAAAAGGCGGAAGAUUUUUUCUUGGAGUUCCUGGAACACGGGCGAAUAGCAAUUAAAGGUUCCAAUGGCAAGUACCUUCGAGGGGACCAGGGAGGCACGCUAAUGGGCGAUUGCCAGGCUGUUGACGCGUCCUCUCUUUGGGAGUACUAA